AUGCUGGAAGGAGCUCCUAUGUUUUUAGAUAAUGAAAGUUUAAAAAACAGAGUGUUGCUUGCGACUUUCCCAAGGACAGGAAAUUCAUUUCUUAGAUAAUAUUUUGAGUAAAUAACUAAUAUUGUGACUGGGUCAGAUAUGGAUUUUUCAUUGACUUAAGAAGUUGGAUUAAAUGGCUUCAAAGGUGAGGCUUACAUCGAUGAUAGAGUAUGGAUUUAGAAAACUCAUCAUCCAAUGGAUACUUACCAUAUUGGUUAGAGUAAGGGUAAUAGAUUGAUAUCUACAAUCAGAAAUCCAUUAGACACAGUGGUAUCGUGCUAUGAGCUCUUUUGUACUGAUUUGCAAUCUUAUUGCUUUCCAGAUCAAUAUUACGAAGAAAAGAGAGAUCAUUUUUGGAAAUUCGCUUAAUCUAAUUUAAUUGCCUACUUGUAGCACACAAAAUCACUAAUCAAAGAGUGCUAAGAUGAAGGUGUACAACUUUAUUUUAUCAGAUAUGAGGAUUUACUUGAAAAUCCUUCAAAAACUCUCCAUUAUCUAUUUAAAUUUCUUAUUAAUGUCGAUGAUAUUGAGGGAACUUUAUUAUAAUCCCGGAUAGAAAAAGCAAUAACUAAAAUGAAUAAUGGAUAAUAAGCAAUUUACAAGGUCCAGAAAAAAGGAAUUAAUAAACAUAGAUAAAAAUUCACACAAGAAAUGAUAGAUUGGAUUUCAAAAGAACUCCAUUGGUUCAAUCAUUUUUUCGGUUAUACCAAGAUUAAAUCAAAAGUAGAAAAUUGUUUUGAUAUUUUCCAAUAUGAAGAGGAGGACUGUAGUUCUGAAAUUCACCUUUAAUUUCUUGAUCAUAAUAAAAUGGCAAUUUAACAAUCAUAAGGUUAGGAUUUUGAUAAAUGGUUUACCACUUACAGGCCAGAACAUAUUAUAGACUAUAUUAUUGAAUUUUAAGGUUUCAUUGGCUUACCUUGA